AGUACCAUAGACCUAAGAGUAGUACACUUGCGUUGGAGUUCCCAAACAGGGAAGUGAAAACACAGACCGAGUGAAAAACACUUGACACAUGGUUUAUCUUAAGUGAAUCGGGCUAGCAUUUUAGCUCUGAACGACUCGUCAGUCAGGUUGUUGCAGCGCUGUCCACAAAUGUAGAGUUGUUGAAAUUAGAUUUGUUGAAACGUUAUGACUCCGAGUUGACCUACCACUAACCAAUCUUAGUCAAUAUAUACGUAUUUGAUGUCGUAUCGUUUUUUGUUAUGUUUCAUUUCGCUCUUAUAUGAAAUCCAGUUGGAGAGCAUGAAAUGUAAGUUGCUUAGUUAGCUUAUUUGUUUGACAACCCCUGGCUGUCAGUGGAGCAUCAAGGGCUAAGUUAAUAUCACUGUGUCGCGGACCACCUUACCGAAGAAACGGCUCAAAUCUUCAGGUUUCCCCUUCCGACAUGGAGCAAUUUGAUGAAGAGCGAGCUCCACUGCCGAGGAACAUGAUCGAGAACAGCCUGUUUGAGGAGGAGCCGGACGUGGUGGACCUUGCCAAAGAGACGCCCUCCUCGUCCUCCUACCCCCUGGACCCGGACGACGUGGUCUACGAGCCCCGCAGCUCGCGCCUGCUCGUCCGCGGCCUGGGCGAGAACGACGGCGACGAGGACGAGGAGGACUACGAGUCGUCCGCUCGGCUGCUGGGCAUGUCCUUCAUGAACCGCAGCUCCAGCCAACGGGCUGCCGCCGCCUCGGCCUACAUCCGGCAGAACCCCACCGGCGGCCUCUGCUCCAUGCCCUCAGCCAAGACCCUGGUGGCCGGGGUCUUCAUCCUGGUACUGAUCGCCUCCAUAGUCAUGGUCAUCUACUUCUUGCCCAGUUGCACGUUCACCAAAGAUGGAUGCAAGAAAGCCAACACCACAGACGAAGUCGUUUACCCGAUCUCCACCGAUGGGACGCCGUUCCCCUGGGCUGACCUGAGAUUGCCCGCCACGGUGGUCCCCGUGCAUUAUGACAUCCUGCUGCAGCCCAACCUGACCACCAUGACCUUCCAGGGGUCGGUCUCCAUCACCAUGAUGCCUCAGGAGGACUCCGACAAGCUCGUCCUGCACAGCUCCGACCUGAAAAUCAGCCGUGCGACAUUGCAGGGUGUCGAAGUGAAGCUUUCAGAAUACAAGCCCUAUCAACAGAUUGCGAUCAAAGAUGCGCAACUUAAGAAGGGACAACAGUGCGUGCUCGAGCUGAACUAUACAGCAAAUCUCUCAAACAGCUAUGACGGAUUCUACAACAGCUCCUACCUAGACACAACUGGCACCAGACGAGUUCUGGCUGCGACCCAAUUUGAGCCUUUAGCUGCCCGUAAGGCUUUCCCCUGCUUCGACGAGCCAGCCUUUAAAGCUACGUUUUCUGUGAAGAUAAAGAGAGAAGCCGGAUACAUAAGCUUAUCUAAUAUGCCCAAGACAAAGACUACGCCACAGAAGGAUGGGCUCCAGCUGGAUGAGUUUGAAAAGAGUGUAACCAUGAGCACUUACCUGGUGGCCUUCAUCGUGGCCAACCUGAGCAGUGUGACCCGCAACGUUAGUGGAACCGAGGUUUCAGUCUAUGCUGUACCAGACAAGAAGGAUCAAGUCAACUAUGCUCUGGACAGUGCCGAAAAGCUGCUUGAAUUCUACAAUGAAUUCUUUGGCAUCCCCUACCCCCUAAACAAAUUAGAUAUGGUGGCUAUCCCUGACUUCCUGGCCGGGGCCAUGGAGAACUGGGGACUCAUCACAUUUCGGGAAACAACGUUGCUGGUGGGGAACCACUCCUCGCCCCUGGACAGGCAGCUGGUGACCUCGGUUAUAGCACAUGAAAUCGCCCACCAGUGGUUUGGGAACCUUGUCACCAUGAAGUGGUGGAAUGACCUGUGGCUGAAUGAAGGCUUUGCCUCUUACAUGCAGUACAUGUCCAUUGAGAAAUUAUUCCCUGAACUUGACAUUGACAAUGAGUUCCUCAACGUUCGUUUCAGAGCUUUGGCAAAAGACUCUCUGAACUCAUCCCAUGCUAUCUCAGCUGUGGUGAAAACUGCAGAGCAAGUGGAGGAAAUGUUCGACUCCGUGUCCUACGAGAAGGGUGCCUCGAUACUGCUCAUGAUCAAUUCCACACUGAAUGAUGGAGAAUUCCAGAAAGGAGUGAUUGAGUAUCUUAAGAAGUUCAAAGGUCGUAACACAGUCAACGAAGACCUAUGGAACAGCCUUUCCUCGGUGAGCAAAACGUUCAACGUGACGGAGAUGAUGAACACGUGGACUCUCCAGAAGGGCUUUCCUUUGGUCACUGUGAGCAAAAAGGGCUCCGAGGUCAAACUUACUCAGGAGCACUUCCUCCUGGAUGCUGGGAACGUCACUUCCAAGAGUUUGUGGCACAUUCCACUGACAUAUGUCAAUGACAGCUGUAGCAUUGCCAGUGGCUGCAAGCAGGUGUUUGUCCUCAAGGAAAAGUCAGCCAAACUAGACAUCCCGUCUGGUGUUAAUUGGUUGAAAUUUAAUUUUAAAAACGAGGGCUUCUACAUUGUGGACUACGGAGUGGAAGGCUGGAGAGCUCUCAUAGAAGCCCUGCAGCAUGACGUGAAAGUCCUCGCUCAUGAAGAUCGAGCUGCUCUUGUUAACAACGUAUUCAUGCUCUCAAGACUGGGCAAGGUGUCCUUUAGGCAGGUGUUGAACAUGAUGAACUACAUGACCAACGAGACGGAGACGGCCCCGCUCACUGAGGCCCUGGGCCAGCUCAUGCACAUCCUCAGGAUGCUGGAGAAGAGGCAGGACCUCGACCUCGUGGGCAGGAUGAAGGCCUACAUCAUCAGUCAUUUCCAGGAUUUGAUGGACAGCCAGUCCUGGGGGGUGGAGGACUCCGUGGCCAAGCAAACCCUGCGUUCCACUCUGCUGGAGAUCUCCUGCAACUUCUACAGGGGAAACUGCACAGAACAAGCCAUGGCGCUCUUCAAAAAAUGGGUGGACUCCAACACAACAGAACACAUCCCGGGGGACCUGAUGAGGGUGGUGUUCUCGGUGGCGGCGCAGACGGACGACGGCUGGAACACGCUGCUGGAGACCUACAGGCACUCCAUCUACGACUCGGAGAAGCGCAAGAUGCUGGAGGCUCUCGCCAGCACACGCAACGUGUCCAGGAUCGCCUGGAUACUCAAAGCUGGCCUGAGUGGAAGUGACAUUCAGAACCAGGAGCUCCCGUUGGUCAUCAGCACCGUCUGCAAAAGCUUUGCCGGCUACCUGUACGCAUGGAAUUUCGUCAAGGAAAACUGGGAGAAGAUCACUCAGAAGUUCCCUAUUGGAUCUUUUGCCAUCCAAAAUAUUAUUGUGUCAACAACGUCCCAGUUUUCUACCAAGCUUCAACUUCAAGAGCUUCAGAACUUCUUCAGCUCGCUGAAAGACAAAGGCUCGCAGAUGAGAAGUGUGGAGGAGGCUGCCGAGACAAUCAAGCUGAACAUCCAGUGGAUGGACAAAAACCUGGAGACUCUCCGAAACUGGCUGUAGAGACUGUCCCUGUACCCCUCCCCCCCACCCCCCCCACCCCUCAUCUGCACCUCCUUCUCCCUCCACUCCUCUGAACCUCCAGGUGGCACUGCAACCCCCCCCCCCUUCCCACCAUCCUCUCUACCCCACCCUAUCACCACACACCACCACAGCAACGCCACCGUUUGCACUAGUAGGAGUUCCAGCUUGCUCAGGGCUACCCGUUUUUGAUUGUAUGUCUUGAGACACAUACAGGAAAGAAGUUGGAGUUUUGUACAAGGUUUUUUUUUUCCCCCCUCAGUGUUCCCUUAUUUGGCUACUCACCAAACAUGCAUCUUUGAGUGAAAAAAAAAAAAUGUUUAUGCCUUUCGGGAGCAACCGGACACACAAAAACGAAACUCACAGAAGAAGAAGAAGCUGAGAAGCUAAAUUGCUACUCUUACUGUGGAUACUACUGCCAGUGACGGUCAGGAGUGUCCUCUUAAACAUACUCCCCAUGUGGGAAUGGGUCUGACUAUAUAACACUUUGUUGUUGAUGUCUCCAGGCCUCACUGCCUUUCUGACUCGGGCUUGGCGUACGCGAAAGAGUUUAACUUUUGAGCCACGAGCAGAUUCCUUGCACACGCUUUGAGGUCUUACAGCUCUUCCUUCGCUGUUACAAUGUAAAUAUACUUUUUGCCUUAGCAAGCUCUCCUGCUGUUUCAUGCUAUGUAUUUCCAAAAGCUUUGUUCAAGUUUUCAUUAUGAAAAUGUUGUUUUUCUCUCCCUCUCUUUUGUAUAUGGUUUGAGAAGCUGUGAGAGUAAUGAUGGCCAGUUGGUCAAGGCCUAUUCUCACACAGUGCUUUGAGUUUGUCAUGGGACACAAUAAUGGCUGCAAACAGCAACAGGGAAUGCACUUUGUUUUCAUUUCGAUCAUUGUUACUUGGGAGAUUACAUGAAAUAGGAUUUUUAUAGUUACUUUUAGUUCCUGCAUUGAACAGUUUUAGUCUUGCAAGUAUGAAUGCAGCCCACUGGUUCUUGUUGUCCUGAGUUGAUUUGUUGAUUCCCAAAUUCCUAUUCCUUCCUUUGUGAAUCAGGAAUGGACAUCCGACUGAGAAGGGCUCAUAGACGCACCUUCAGGAUUCAGUGUUUUCACUUGAGAUGCAUUCGCUUGGCCCAUCCUUUACAUUAUACAGUAUACAUAACCAGAUUCAUCUAUUUCACGAAGGUGUUGUCCAUUUAGUUUAUACACAGUACAUGAGAAGAACUAAGUAUUAAUGACUGAUCCUAAAAUCGGGAAUAGUCACUGAAAGUAAAUUGGGCUCCUUCACUUAAAUGUGAGGAUCUAUGGUGAUUCAAGACAAUAGGAUACAUAGUUUUGCCAUAAACGUCAACACUGCUUCAUUGUGCAAUUUAGAGGCAUCAUUUUAUUAAAUGCUUACCAAAAAUAUAUGUUUUUAAAUAGAAAGGUUUGUUUCUGUCCAUAUGUGCACAUUAUGAAUUAAACAACCUGUCAUACUUUUGUCAUACCUUAUAGACUAAGGAAUGAUGUAGAAGAUUAGCUUCAGCCCGUUAGCAAGUGAGGAAUUCCCUUCCCCCUAUUCAAAUCACCCAAACAUAUCCUUUAAACAUGAUGUCUGACCACACCUUCACAAAGUCAGUUAGAAGUCACAUUACUGGAGGACACAGAAGUAUGUUGUUUGUGUGGAUUGGUGGAUGAACUGCCAAUUUCCUGCUAGGAGGAUCAGCCAGUCCACUUGGACCACAUUAUUUGUGACCAUCUAUAAUGUGGCACCUAAUUGCCUGUAAGCCAUGCACUUCCCAGGAAGGCUUUUCAGCCAGCAGAAGCAUUUCUGAUUGACCAUCGCCUGCAACGUUUUAGCAUACCUGUUUGCACGAACCCAGUUGUUACCUAGCGAAUGAGCACGGUAAAAAGCUGAAGGAUUCAUGAGUGUGUCGAAGUUGCAUAAAGUGUUCCACUAUUGGGCAUAAAUACGAUGUUUAAUAUCAGAGUGAACACGAAAGGAGCAGAAUAUAACAGAAGAUGCCAUUGCUGAUGCUCUGAAACAGCCCUCUGAGCAUAUACUGUAGUCCAUUGGCUUGCUUGUGAAAAACACACGUUGGACGCCAUUGUUGAAGACAAUUGGGGCAGCCGUGGUGUACUGGUUAGUGCAUCGGGCUUGUAACCGGAGGGUUGCCGGUUCGAUCCCCGACCAGUCCACCACGGCUGAAGUGCCCUUGAGCAAGGCACCUAACCCCUCACUGCUCCCCGAGCGCCGCUGGUUGGGCAGGCAGCUCACUGCUCUGGGUUGUGUGAUUCACCUCACUGUGUGCUGUGUGUUCACUAAUUCGGUUAAAUUGGGUUAAAUGCAGAGAACUGAAUUUCCCUCACGGGAUCAAAAAAGUAUAUAUUCUAUUCUAUUCUAUUCUAGAUUGCAGCCCCUCUCUGAGUGGUUUAGACCAUAUGUCUGUAUUUCCAGUUAAAGGAGAAGAGAAACUUCUAAGAAAGCCACUCCCUUUUUGCUUUUAUAUGCUUUACCAUGUAUAGACUUGUGUCAAACAGUACUUGAAGAACCAGGAGUUCAGAAGGUUUCCUUUUUUGAUUGUAUGUGUUAUACGAGGGGUUUGGUGGAGCUUUGAAGUUCUCAGUUAAGCCAUGGUCAUUCUAAGCAGGUAAGGUUAGCCAUAAUAGACCAUUGCUUGAGAGAUGGACUUGAAGGAGACCAUGUAGGACUGACCAAUGAGCAGCAUGCUUGUCUCUACUGGGAGAGGUGUGGGUGAUUUCUGAGGGAUUUUGUGAAGGCGGUCACUCACUAAUUUUCUGUAAUGGGGUGUAAAAUCAAGUGGAUGUGGUAGUUCAACCAGUUGUGGAUGUUCAUCCAGCUAAUUGAGUAGACCCUGACCACCCUCUCCCACCCUAGUGAGAUUAUUCUUGUUUUCUAUUGUACAUACAGCAUAUGUUUUCAUACAGACGUGAAUUUUAAAAAGAGUAUUUAAAAGUAAAUCAUUUAUGUAUUUUGCCUGAUUCAGUUAUUUAUCUGCUAGGCUUUGAGUUCUUGUUGAUGCCUGUGGGAUAUAUAUUAUGUUCAUUUUGUCAUUAAUGGGCCACUUGGAAGGUUAUUGAUGUAUUAACUUUAAAAGUCAAGAACAUGGUCGAUUAUUGAUUUGGAUUAUGCAAUGCAGAAUAUUGUCUGAAUGUUGAAUGAACAAUAGAAUGGUAACAAGGGAGAAUUCGCAAGUCCUACCACCAAUGAAUUGUACCAUUACUUCGCUACUUGUGAUGUUGCCCAUUUCGUUUAAAGUAAAGUGAAACCUGUGCUGUCUCAGUAUGCUAUAAUAUAUAAUUAAAAACAUUUUCUAAACUCA